AUGUCUUUUUUUUCUAACCUUAAACACCGGCUGGAAGUGCCCAAAGAUGAAAAUGGUGCCAGAACUACAAACCUCCUUAAUAGAGAUAUUAUCCCUUUGCCUCCCAACCGAAGAACAUGGACCGAUUGGGAUUUCGUCGGAUUUUGGGCCGUCAUUAACUUGUCCGUGUUCACUUGGCAAACUUGUUCCUCCCUAUUGUCACUGGGCCUCAGUGUUUGGGAAUCGAUGGUUAUUGUCAUAAUCAGUAAGGCACUUAUUUUCGCUGUAGCCUUGAGUCAUGGUUGGGGUGGUGGUGUCUGGCACGUCGGUUACCCCAUCUAUGGUAGAUUCUCUUUCGGAAUUUUUGGAUCCUACUUGGCUGUGGGUCAAAGAAUCGUGCUUGCUAUCGUCUGGUAUGCCGUCCAGAGUUUCACCGGUGCUAUGAUGUUGACCAUCUGCUUAAGUAGUAUCUUCCCAAGUUUCAACACAUUACACAACACUUUCCCAGAUUCGUUACCAAUGACCUUGAAGCAAUUUAUUGGCUUCAUUAUUUACCAUGUGUUGUCUAUUCCCUUCCUUUACAUUCCACCGGAGAAGUUGAAGCAUCCAUUCAGAUUCGUCUCCAUAAUAUCAUUCGUCACUAUUUUUGGUGUUUCUAUCGGUUGCAUGGUGAAGGCUGACGGUGCUGGAAGUUUGUUACAAAGCUCUGGAGUAUCGAUGUCAUCUGCCGAUAGAGGUAUGGCUUGGAUGCACGGUAUCAACACGAUGUUCAACUCCAUUGCUGUCGGUCUUGCAAACCAACCAGAUUUUUCUCGUUUUGUUCAAAGACCCGGUCAACAAGUCAAAGGUCAAGGUUUUUCCAUCCUAAUUUUGGGUACCGUCGUUCCUCUUUUUGGUCUGUUGGGAACUUCUGCUGCUGCUGAAGUUUACGGCGAUGUCGUUGAGCUAAAUCUUUGGAACCCACCUAACAUUUUGGACCAGUGGCUGAUUGAAAGCUAUACCUCCAGAACCAGAGCUGCUGCCUUCUUCGCAGCAUUCGGAUUCUUUGUUAGUACGUUAGGGUUGAACACUAUCGAUAAUGCCAUAAGUGGAGGUAUCGACUUGGCCUCAAUGGCUCCUAAAUGGAUCACUGUCCGUCGUGGUGCUUACAUGAUAAUGAUUGUCUCAAUUGCCAUGAAUCCAUGGCAAAUUGUGGCCAAGGCUUCCGUGUUCCUUGCUGUUUUGGGCUCGUACGGAUGUUUCUUAGGUCCGAUGAUUGGUGUUAUGACUUGUGACUACUACUUCGUACGUCAUCAGAAACUCAAGCUGACAGACCUCUACAAAGCCGACAAGAGUUCUAUUUACUGGUUCUACAAAGGAUUCAACUGGAGAGGUUUCGCCUGUAUCAAGAUGUUCUACAUUUCGUUUAUCAUUGGUUACCCGAUCGGAUUCUUAGUUCAUCUGGCACUCAAUAAGCUAUUCCCUCCACCAGGUCUUGGUGAAGUCGAUGAGUAUGACUACUACCACUCUUUCACCGAAAAGGAAGCACUGAAAUUAGGAAUGGCCCCUAGUUCCGAGUUGGACAGAGUCAGCACCGAUGACCCGAUCAAUAUUCCUUACGACGAGAAGUCUUUAGGCUAA